UCGUUUGAUUCUUCGUUUCCCGCGUUUCGUUCAACUUGUCCGCGCGCUAUAAACGUCAUUCCGCGCGGGAACGAAUUUGAACUGCACGCGCACCUUACGAUCGAAUAUUAAAUGAAAUAAUUUCGAUAUAAAUUCAAUAUUUGUCCUCUGUUAAGUGGUAUUAUAAUGUUGUAACAAGAAUUUAAGUGUUAUAUAAGAUAAAUAAUUGUGUUUAGUGUUGUGUUUUGAUAAUUAAAUUCGACUUGUCUGCUGAAAAUUAUUAAACGUAACACAUAAAUCAUGGCCACAAAGUCGUACAGCAAACACAAGGAGUACAAAGAGUAUUCCAGCAGCAGAGGCAAUGUGCCCUACACAGACGAACAAUUCGAUAUGAUAAAAUCCGAACUAAUACCGAAAGGCAGUAAGCUGGACUCGCUAGGUCGAGGUGUUGGUACCAGAGAAUACCAUUACGAAUACAAAGAGGAGAAACUACCCUCCGGGAAGUAUGACAGGAAAGAUUUACGCACUGUCGAGGAAUAUACAAUCCCUCCCAAGACCGUACCUAAAGCUUCUGAGUCUAGCUCGUACUACUACGAAAGGGAGGAGAGGGAACUGCCCUCUAUUAUGACCGGGACCAGAACAUACAACUAUGAGACAACUGGUACAAGUCCAACACCAGGGUAUUCGAAAGUAAAAAGUGGAAAGGUGACGAAGGAAAUGACUCAGAACGUAGAAGAGUUGGACUCGCUUCUCGACGACCUACAAAAGGACCAGGAACGACAGCUUUACAAGAGUGGAUACACUUCUGAUACAGCUGAAAGUACAUCGUUUGACUAUAGGAAAGGCACACCGGCAAAGGCUCCGUCCAGCGGCUACUCGACCCUCAAGCACGAGGAGCGUGUGGAGUCGUCAUCGUGGGGGGUCUCCCCCCUCGCUGCGCCCGCCCCCUCAGUCGCACGUUCGGUGGAGCGAGUGGAGUCGUCGUCGUGGGGGGCCGCCCCCGCGCCCGCGCCCGCCCCCGCGCCCGCCGUCACGCGCUCUGUCGACGUGAGGCAGCAGCUCUACAGGGAGGAGAAGACAGAGUCCCGCGCGCUGCCCGCCCAGCUGCCGGCGGCGCAGGUGGCGGGCGCGGUGUGUUCGCACUGCCACCACUCGGCCUCCACCGCUACCCUCCCUCGCUCGGGCACUCCCAUGAACAAGGUGACCACGACGGUAAAGACGUACACAUACGAGGUGCCGGCUGACCAGGACCCCACCACCGUACCGAUACCCACCGAGCACCACUACACCGAGCACCACCACCUCGACAGCUCCACGACGAGCAGCCCCGCCCCGCCGCCCCCCUCCAGCGGCUGCCAGCACUGCUCGCAUUGCAACACCAGGCUCAUCUCGCAAUACCGCUCGCACCACACCACUGACGACCACUCCACCGAGCGGGUGUUGCUGCCCCCCCCCACGCACGAGCCGCACAAUGGACACGGCCCCUAUGGUCCAUCAACAUACAAGUACAGCGAGACAACUUACUCGUCGCACGAGGCGCCAAGACUUUCCUCUCCCUCUCCAACCCUAUCUCCCUCCCCCGCGCCCUUCCCUCGCGCCGUCACUCCCUCUGGGGGCACGCAGCAGCCCCCCAAGAGACUCGACGACUUGCUUGCUGAGUUCCCUGAAGCGAGAUUCCCAACACAACCAGACGGUGUGGUGCGUCGCAAGGUGGAGGUGACUCAGGGUUCUCACAGCGCUCUCAGAGACGGUACCAGCGCCACCCCUACCGUCAAUGCCAACAACACCAUCAACAAGGGCACUCCCCCACUGGUGGGCAGCAAGAACGUAGCCGGGCCUGCCGUGUACUACCCGCCCGGUCACACGCCCUUCGCCAAGAAGGACGAGCCUGCUGGAGGGUACCAGUCUAGCGCGAUGAUGCAAGGCGGCGGCGCGUACGCGUCGGGGCGCGGCAUGUACGAGUACGAGUCCGGCGCGCGCAGCAAGGAGAAGCACUCCGAGAAGAAGACCGCCGUGCCCAUCUGCCUGCCGCUGUGCUGCGCCAUGCCCUGCGUCAUCAUGUGAUCCGGGGAGCUGCUGCCACGGAAAUAUGUUGACAAAACGACCACAAACAUGGGAUUCGACUUUAUGCUUAUUGAUGUC